AUGAGUCUGCCCUCCGCAAAGAUCUCCUGGACAGCUGUGACGUUGCUGCUGCUACUUUUGCUGCCGCCCGCGCUGCUCUCACCCGGGGCGGCCGCGCAACCCCUGCCCGACUGCUGUCGCCAGAAGACGUGCUCCUGCCGCCUUUACGAGCUGCUGCACGGUGCGGGCAAUCACGCGGCCGGCAUCCUGACACUGGGGAAACGGCGACCGGGGCCCCCCGGACUCCAGGGUCGCCUGCAGCGCCUACUGCAGGCCAGCGGCAACCACGCAGCUGGCAUCCUGACUAUGGGCCGCCGCGCAGGCGUAGAUCCUGUGUCGCGCCCCUGCCCCGGGCGCCGUUGUCCCACCGCAGCCUCCAUGGUCGCCAUGCCCGGAGAACGGUCCCGGCUCUAA